GAAUAACAUUGUUUCGUGAUUGCUCUCGCACUUUCUUGCCGUAGAUCAUAUACAAUUUUAGGAUGGCGGUUGUCCUUCCCGUCACCAGCCUUUUUCUGGGUCUACACACCAUCUACUUUGCCGUGAUCAGUCUUAAAGUUGGUCUUUUUCGGGCCGCGAACAUGCCCAAGGGAAACAGCUAUGAGAGUGUCGAAUAUUUCAAGAAUAUUAACUCGGCUCAAAGCAACUUUGGCCAAUACUUUCCUAUUGUCAUGCUACUGCUGGCUACCUUAGAAGCAAAUGAGGUGAUGAGCCAGAAGUACUUGCUAGUACUAUCUGCAGUGAUCACUGCCAUACGAAUUGGGCACACCCUGCAGCUGGCAAUGCCGCAGAAGCUGCCUAUCGUCAUGCGCCAAGUGGGCUUCCUCAGCACGGUGCUGUUCUUCAUUGUGUGUGGUGCCGCCUGCGUCGUCAUUGGCCUUCAGGGCACCGGACUUGUUGAAGGAAAUUUGCUUAGCGGCAAAGCGCAGGAACUGUGAAUUAUGUGAAACCUGCACAGGUUCAGGCUCUUUUGACGUGCUCUCCAGCGCUUAAUGUACAGGCUGUUGGAUAUGGAAUACCAGACCAAGAGAAUUUACAACCGUAAUUGGUGAUUUGUCAUGGUGGUCAUAGCUGCAUCGAUUUUGCGUUGCACGCUCUGUGCUGUGCAGCUCUGUGCAUGCACUUCGAUUAUUUUGUACAGGACGUAUUGAUUCAGUCACUCAAAAUGGGCAGCUGCUGUGACCACCUGCUCAUUAAAUUUCCUUUUAAAAAUGCGUCAUUGCAAUGCGUUUAAGUUUGUGCAAGGUUGUGCAAUAGAAUAUGCAGUACUUCUAGUAUUUCAAAUCUGACGGCUCAGCCUGUCUGGGGAAUCCUGGAUGGGUGGUGUGACAGUCAACCCUGGGCCCUGGAGUGUGGUGCCUUCAGAGCUGUCUUCAAUACUCAAACAUAUUCGCAUAGUCGUGUUUGCACAAGGCCCCCUGUAGUAUGCAUACGUAUCAAACGGCGUACGUGAGCUGUGGCUUCUGAAACUUAAACAAGUGUCAGAGCUUGCCAGGUGCAUGCGUCAUGGCCCAUCUGUGGGAGUCUCUGUUUGUAGAUGCAAGAUCCUCCAUGUAAGUUUUGGGAG